UACAUAUUCUUCCUAUUCUCAAAAAAAUUUACUUUUAGUACAAUUUAAAUAAAAAACAAUAAUUUAAACUGGAUAAUAAUUUUGGGGGUCGGAAAAAUUAUAUGAAAUGAGUUUGUAGGCUACAAAGGAGGGAGUACCCCUGUACUAGUAAGUGACAAAUCCCAACUCUCACAUAGUGACAAGAACCUUUUUUGAGGCCGGCUUUCUCACAUGCCACCAAAAUCCAAACACAAAUCCCAUCCUCAUUCUAUUCCAGAUUGUUUAUAUAAUUAUCAUCACCAUUACCCUCUCUUUCCCCUCUCUUUCCCCACGGUGUUUGUUCUGCUUCUAAGUUUGUUUUGUUUGUAAAUGAGUGAAAGAAAAGGUACCACCAAAGGUUAAUACUCCCCCUCUUUUUUUUUUCUUUUUCUCUUUUUGUAGCCUUCAAAAAAAAAAAAAAAAAGAAAAGAAAGGGAAACGUACGUGCUUUUGGUUUCCUGGUUUUCGUAUUUCAGAAUUCAUCCUCUUGUAUGUUUUGUCCCUGAAAAAGCCUGCAACUUGAAAGAAAUCUCUCUUUUGCCUAAUCUUGGACUCUCAUCUCUCAAGUACUUUUCUUAGGUUAUCUUUUGGGAUGAGGGAUUCUCUCAUUAGUCGUUUUUAGUACUCCUCAGUCCUCCAUUUGAAAAACAGUAAGUGUCCCAAUUACCUAAUAACUUGAAAAAAGUUGAACCGUCUAUUUGCCUCAGAUUCAUUUGCAGAAUUUUCCUCCGAAACCAUUUUGUGUUGGAUCGCUUCCCAAUGUCUCAGCUACUACUGUUAGUCUAGUCCCUUUCCUUUCUUAUUUCCCCCAAUCUUUGUGUUAUUUCCUCACCAAAUUUUUCCUCUAGUCAUCUUCUUUAAUUUGGUGGAAAAAAAAGAGAAAUUUCCAAGUCGUAGUAUUCACCAUUUUCUUCCUUCCAUGAUGCAAUUCUCUGAGACCCUACCAUCACCACCUUUGCACCAAAUACCACCCUUUGUGAUUCCAUCCAUGAAUAAGUCCUCCAACCAGUUAAUCCAUCGAACCCGGCCCUGGCCCGGUUUUCCAACCUCCACCACCACCAAAUCACUCAGCAGCUUCGGCGACGCCAACUGCAUGGAACAAUUGUUGGUUCACUGUGCCAAUGCCAUCGAGACCAACGACGCCACCCUCACUCAGCAAAUCCUGUGGGUCCUCAACAACAUCGCCCCGCCCGACGGCGACUCCAACCAGCGCCUCACCGGCGGCUUCCUCCGCGCUCUGAUCGCACGCGCCGCCAACACCGGCAACUGCAAGCUCCUCACCGCCAUGGCUAAUGUUGAUACCGCGAACGUCCUCAGCGUCGAGACCCACAAGUUCAGCGUCAUCGAGCUGGCCAGCUUCGUUGACUUGACACCGUGGCACCGGUUCGGCUUCACCGCGGCGAAUGCGGCGAUUCUAGAAGCCGUUGACGGUUACUCGGCUAUUCACAUCGUUGACUUGAGUUUGACUCAUUGCAUGCAGAUCCCGACGUUGAUUGACGCCAUCGCCAACCGUUACGAGAACCCUCCGUUAGUCAAGCUCACGGUGGCGAGCGUCGCGGAACCCAUCCCUCCGAUGAUUGACCUUACGUACGAGGAGUUGGGGUCAAAGCUGGUCAACUUUGCUAGGUCUAGAAAUAUAGUCUUGGAAUUCCAUGUGAUUCCGUCAAGCCCUUGUGAUGGGUUCGCGUCGUUAAUCGAGCAACUGAUGCGGACACAACAGACGGCCCGAGUCCACGAGAAUGGGCCUGAGGCCUUGGUAAUGAACUGUCACAUGAUGCUUCAUUGCAUCUCUGAAGAACCCACCUUGUCGAGUUCGAGUUCGAGUUCGGGUAAUUUAUGCGAGAUUUCGCCCAACCAAUCUCUGCGGACCAUGUUUCUCAAGGCAAUCAGGAGUCUGGAACCGACCAUUGUUGUUUUGGUGGAUGAAGAUGCAGAUCUGACAUCCAGCAACUUAGUGACAAGAUUAAGGUCUGCGUUUAACUAUCUGUGGAUACCUUAUGAUACGGUUGACACGUUUCUCCCCCGGGGAAGUAAGCAGAGACAGUGGUACGAAGCUGACAUAUGUUGGAAAAUCCAAAACGUGAUAGCCCACGAAGGUAUUCAGAGAAUUGAGAGAUUGGAGACGAAGAACAAAUGGGUUCAGAGGAUGAGGAAUUCGGGAUUUAGAGGGGUUAGUUUCAGUGAAGAUGCAUUUGGUGAGGUGAAAAGUAUGCUUGAUGAACAUGCAGCAGGUUGGGGACUUAAAAGGGAAGAAGAAGAUCUUGUUCUCACUUGGAAAGGCCAUAAUGUUGUUUUUGCAACUGCUUGGGUGCCUACUUAAAAGAAAAGAGAAAAUGAUCAUUCACUACUUUUAACAAAAUUGAUGUAGUAGUUGUUAUGCUCAUUGAUCAAGUUCUAAUUCUGAAGACGCUUCUUGUUUGACUAUUGAGAUCGAAUCUCAUUUAGUUUUGGAGGAUGAUUUAGAAAUGAUUGAGAAUUAAUGUGGAUAGCUACAUAGUAGUACUAGUAGUAUUUACCCUUAUGAUUUUGUCAUAUCAUUGUCGGCGGUUUUGUGCCCAGUAAACUUCAACUUGAAUAGGAAAAGGCAGGUGUACGGUAUGGCCAUUAUUUAGUCAUGAUUGCUUUGCUCAUUAUUGACAAAUAU